AUAUACUAUACUAAUUUUAAUUAAUAUUUAUUACAAAUUACUAGUCUCCCUAAUAUUAUGAUCAUAAUCCAGCCUUGAUUGUGGUUACAAACUGCUGAUAAUAUUGACCCAUAUUAUUACAAAUCUUAUGUUAAAAUAUACAUCCAAAUUCAAUAAUGUAAAAUGAAUACAAUUAUUGUAGGGGAUUGUGUUUAAUUUAAUUAGUAAUCGCACCAAACAAAAUCAAUGUAUGGCUUGUUUGCUAGGGUAUAACCAUGAAAACUAGUAUCUAGUAUAAUAUCUAGUCUUCAUGGGUAUAACAUUAAAUUAUUGCCUCUGCUAGAAUUAUGUAUUGAUAUAUCAAGAAAAUUAAAUUAGAUUUCAUUAUUCCUAACCUAUUAAUAUUUUUGCUACAAUUUUCAGAUAAAAUAUUAUUAUCUGAUUUCGGGCUUUAUUGAUAUUGGUAUAUUUAGAUUUGGGAAAUCUCAUACAUGAGAGAUAUUAAGAUUUGUAUACACUAUACUGGUCUUUAUUUCGCGAUACUAACCAAUAAUUAUACAGUGUUCGUAGUGAAUUUGUUGUGAGACUGUUCAAAUUUGAUUAUUAUUCAAUAUUCUUUGUAGUUUUAGUUUACCUUUAAGAUUUGUUGAAUUUUGGAAUGUUUGAUUCGUUUUUGUCAUAAAAUAUCUAUUAUAUUGCUAUUAUAUUGACGAAAUUCUAAUAAAAUGGAUGAUUUCGUACUUAAAGAUUUAUUGGAAAUAAUUAAUAAUCUCGAUUCUGUUUUGUUCAUAAAACGUGAUCGGCAAAUUCAUGAAAGAAGAAAUUUUGAAAAUGAUGGUUGCAUCAAAAAUUGGAUGGAAAUAGAUGGGAAAAAAUCUGGGACCGUACCCAGUAACGAAGCAUAUGAUAUAGCACAAUCUAUGAUGAAAUCAGAAUGGAUGCUUGAAGUACCUGAAGAUAUUGAUAACUGGAUUGCGGUAUUAUGUCCUGAUGGAAAACGUUGUUGUGUUAUUGCUCAAGAUAACAAAACAAAAGUAGUUAAUAAAUUUGGAGCCACAAUCAAUUAUUUCCAGUCAUUAUUUCCUUAUGGAUGUCAUGUACCAAAUAAUUGUCCAUCACAUCGCAAACGUACUGUUCUAGAUUGUUUAUAUAGUUAUAAAUUAAAAAAGUAUUAUAUUUUGGAUAUCAUUGAGUGGAUGGGCGUGCCGUAUACAGAUUUUGAUGCAGAAUUUAGAUUUUACUUUAUUCAAAGUAAACUCAGUGAAAUACCGGGUAUCGAUAAAAAAUCAGCCAAAAAUGUUUUUCCGUUUGAACUUGCUCCUAGAAUGGCUGCUAGUGAUUUGUAUCCACACCUUUUAGAUAAAAGUCAAUUUUUUCAUGAAAAUAUUGAUUUAGAUGGUAUUAACUUUUACUAUCCGCAAAGUUUGUAUACUCCUGGCGAAUCACCGUUAGUGCUUUGGCUAAAACCAUUCAUGAUACCUGAUGUCUUGAGAAGACCGGUCAAUGAUCAGUUGGUAGUAAAACCUCCUAAUUAUGUCAACAUUUUCGAAUUUAGUCAAAGUUUGAAAAAAAAAAAUAAGAGAAACAAAAAGAAAAAAAAUGCUUCUAAUUGUGAAAAGAUGGAAGUAGAUAAUUUAAUUGAGGUGGAAAUGGAUAAAGUCAUGGAUCCAGUUAUUGAAAAUGAAAUGUGUAUUGAAAAUUAAAAUCAGUUUUGUUGUAUAUUUCAUUAAAU